UAUAUGGUUUUCUUUUCUACCCUUUUCUUGCGGGCUGUACACGAAGCAGUGUCAUUUGGACACUCAAGCAAUAAAAUUUUGCAAUUAAAUUAAUCAAAGUUAGUAUUAAAUCCUGACAGAUUGACAGAGUCAGUCACACAGUAACAGCCAGGUGGGAAAGCGGAAGACAAAAUGUCUCCAUCAUUAUUUGAAUCUUCAAAGAUGACACCCUUCAGCACGUCAAUGGCAGGUCUAAGGACUCAAGGAUCAAACGAGGAAUGCCAAGGACUAGUAGAAAAUCGUUUUAUUGGUGCAGCAAAUGCUGAACCUGGUGACAGUUGUGAAUUUGGCUCAAAUCAUUAUUUUGCAUUAUGCGGUCUUGGUGGUAUUAUGUCUUGCGGUUUAACCCACACCAUGGUGACUCCCCUGGAUUUAGUCAAAUGCCGUAUCCAGGUUGAUCCAGCAAAAUAUAAAUCUGUCUUUAAUGGAUUUAGAGUAACGUUAGCAGAAGAUGGAGUUAGAGGAUUGGGCAGAGGUUGGGCUCCCACCUUCUUUGGUUAUUCAGUUCAAGGAAUGUUCAAAUUUGGUCUCUAUGAAGUUUUCAAAGUAUAUUAUUCAGAACUCGCUGGCGAAGAAUUGUCAUACGAUUAUCGAACUACGUUAUAUCUAGUUUCAUCUGCAUCGGCAGAAUUUUUCGCUGACAUUGGUCUCGCUCCGUUUGAAGCCGCCAAGGUCAGAAUCCAAACAAUGCCUGGUUAUGCCAAUAAUUUGCGUGAAGCGUUCCCGAAAAUGUUCGCUGAUGAAGGUUUGGGUGGUUUCUACAAAGGUCUUGUUCCAUUGUGGCUUCGUCAAAUUCCAUACACCAUGAUGAAGUUUGCCUGCUUCGAGCGUACAGUUGAACUUUUGUAUAAAUACGUUGUGCCUAAACCACGAAUGGAAUGUACAAAAGGUGAACAACUUGUUGUCACAUUCGCUGCUGGUUAUAUUGCCGGUGUUUUCUGUGCUGUUGUCUCACAUCCUGCUGACACCGUGGUUUCCAAAUUAAACCAGGAGAAAGGUGCAACAGCUGGUGAUGUUUUGAAGAAACUUGGAUUUGGUGGAGUAUGGAAGGGUUUGGGACCCAGAAUUAUUAUGAUUGGUACUCUAACAGCGGCUCAAUGGUUUAUUUAUGAUGCAGUGAAGGUAUGGCUUCGUAUGCCACGACCACCACCACCAGAAAUGCCUGAAUCAUUGAAAAAGAAGAGAGGUCUAGCUUAAAAAAAAUUUUCCUGAACAAAAAUAAAAUAUGCUUUAUCUUUAAAAAUUUUUUGAUAAAGCUAGGAAGAAACUAGACGAAUUUUAAAAAGUAAAUUGCCUUCCUGAGAAAACGCUGUUUUUUUUUGAAGAAAAACUAAGCUCCUAUAUAUUUGAUUUUUAUUUUUAAUAGAAAAAAUUGAUUCUCUCGUAAAUAUUAUUUCUGCAUACGAUUCAGGAAGGCGAUAAGAAAAAAAAAAUUUGGUAAUUGCACAUGCGACAGUUGUUAGUCCUGUCUGUACAAUUCCGUAUUGUCCGUAAUAUAUAUUGUUUAAUAAUCUUUUAAAUUUAGAACCAAUACUAAAGGAGCCUGUGAUGUACGAAAAAAAUCUGUCGCAAUGUAAAUACGAUGAUCGUCAUCAAUAAACGAUCAAAUUAUAAAAUCUAA